AUGGCGACAAAUGCCACCAUUACCGAUUAUUUCUCUUUGAAAGUGCCCCGGGUAGCAGAUGCCGAAACAGACAGUAUUCAUAGUGAAAUUUCAAGCUCUGAUGAAGAAAUUGAAGAAAGUAGCGCCACAGUCACAGAUGCUACUCAUAGUGACAGUCCGCUGCCCCCGGCCAUUGUUAGAGUGCCUCCAGAUGAUUGUUCGUGCUCAUGCUGUUCCUCCUCUUCUAGUGAGAGUUCCAGCGUGCCAGUUCAACCUGAUAAACAUUUCUCCCAGAAGAAGCAAGGGAAGCAGACACGGUCGUUUCAGCAUACCUGGUUUCAAGAGCACUCUUGGUUGACGUAUUGUGUCCCCCGCGACCUUGCUUUUUGUCAUAUCUGUCGCCUUGCUGUAAAUAAAGCUCUUAUGAAAAUGCCUAGGAAAAGAGGACAUCAUGUUUUUAUUACUGAUGGGUUUUCAAAUUGGAAGAAAGCAAAGUGCAGCUUUAAGAAGCACGAAAGAUCACAAUUGCACAGAGAAGCUGUCGUGAAAAUUGUCUUACAGCAGCAACCCUCUGUUGCAACACAGCUUUCAAGGCAGUCAGAAAAGGAUCAUAAGCAUAGGCAAGCUAUGCUCAUGAAAGUAUUACAAUCAAUUAAGCUUCUGGCUCGCCAAGGUCUAGCUAUACGUGGCCAUUCCGAUGAAGAAAGUAAUCUUGUUCAGGUUCUCCGAUGUAGAAUGGCAGAUGUUGAAGGCCUUGAGGCUUGGAUUAAUGCAGGAAAGUACCUCUCACAUGAAGUCACAAAUGAAAUUGUUGAAUUAAUGGCUCAUGCUCUUCUCCGUAAUCUUUUAGUGGAUAUCAGAAACGCUAAAUUUUUUGCCUUGAUAUGUGAUGAAACUCAGGAUAUUAGUGGUUUGGAACAGUUUACUAUUUCGUUUCGAUGGAUUGAUCCUAGUUAUGAAGUGCAGGAAGAUCUAAUUGGUUUAGUUCAGGUUGAUACCACUGAUGCAGCAUCUUUAACUGGAGCCAUUAAAGAUGUACUUAUUCGCUGUAAUAUAGAUAUCCACAACUGUAGGGGACAGACUUACGAUGGGGCUACCAACAUGUCAGGUCCUUUUUCUGGUGUUGCCACUCGUCUGAGACAAGAAGAACCAAGAGCACAUUUUAAACAUUGUGCAGCACACUGCCUUAAUUUAUGUCUUCAGGAGUGUGCCCAACGAUGCUCAGCCAUCAGAGAUGCCUUAUCUUUGUGUAAAGAAGUAUAUAAUUUGAUAUGUACAUCACCCAAGAGGUUAGCAAAAUUCAAGUUAUUACAACAGCAGCUUCAUCCUGAUGCAGCCAUUGGUUUAAGGCCUAUAUGUCCUACUCGUUGGACAGUCCGUACAGCUGCUUUGAAUUCCAUUCUCAAGAAUUAUGAUGUCAUUAUGCAAGAUCUUGAGGAAAUAAGUGAAGCUGGUAUUGAUGCAUCUUCAAAAGCUGCUGGUGCCGUUGCUUUAAUGGAAAAGUUCUCAACUUUUUUUGGAAUAAAGCUUAGUUAUUUAUUAUUUGGAGCUACAGAGCAAACAUCAGUAACCUUACAAGCUAAAGAUAUUGGUGCUGAGGAUGCACUUUCUUCUAUUACUGCUGCAGCUAGCUUUCUCAAUCGUCAAAGAAAUGAAAGUGCUUUUCACUUGUUUUAUCAGUGUGUAGUAUGGGAAGCUAAAGAAUUUACUGAUGAUCCAGUUCUUCCUCGACCAAGAAAAGUACCAAAACGAUACGAUGAUGGCAGUUCUAUUCAUGUAUUUGAGAACCCAGAGCAGCUAUAUAGGAAGAAGUAUUACAAAGCUAUAGACCUCAUUAUUGCAGAAAUUGACAGGCGAUUUGAUCAACCAACGUUGCUGUUACUAAAAGAAAAGGAAACUAUUUUGAUUGAGUCAUGCAAUGGAAAGAACAUAGAAUUGUCACCUACUAUGCAAGAAAUGUAUCAAGCAGACAUAAAUAUGGAAAAGCUGAAGCUUCAGCAAAAUAUGCUUCCUGAUGAAAUUUCAACAGUGAACAAGAAUGCUAAUAUGGGAAUACAUCAUGUCACUAGAGUGAGUACAGUUUGUCAAGUUUUUAAUGUGGGAAAGCUCCCUAAGUCAAUGCUAAAAGAAGUAGAUACGUUACUACAUUUAUUUUUAACAAUUCCACUCACAACUGCAUCAGCUGAAAGAAGUUUCUCAACAUUACGCAGGCUUAAGAAUUACCUGAGAUCAACAAUGACUCAGAAAAGACUCAAUCACCUAAUACUUUUGCACACACAUAAGAAAGGCACAACUGGUCUUGAUCUUCGCUCAAUUGCUGAUGACUUUAUUUCAAAAAACAAUCGAAGAGUUCAGUUUUUUGGUAAAUAA